AGUGGAUGUGGAGAAGCCUCCGAUCGGUUGGACACAUAAAAUGGGUUCGCUGCUUUGCUCCCAGCAGCAGUUUGGGUUACUCGUUCAAGCGGUCAACAUGAAGUCGGUUAUUAUUCUUCUAGCCUUGGUGGCUUAUUGUCAUGCGGCGCCUUUGGAUGUCAAAGAGUCGUCGUCUGAAACUCUCUCCAGACCCAGUCCAAUUAGUCCCGAUGUGAUUGUCGAUCCCAAACCCACUGCAAAGGUAGUCCUGCUGAAGGAUACACCUGUGCUGAAUCGGGAGAAGCGUCAUGAGCCCGAGAAGCCCGAUAGUGUGAAGGCCCACGAGCAGAUCCAGCCCAAUCCUCAUGCCCAGAAGCCGACUCCAGCCAGUCCUCAUGAUCAAAAGCCAUCUCCUGUCAGCACACAUGAUGCUAAACCCCAAGACCACUCUCACAAGCACAAGAGGGAAGCUCAUCACGAGGAGGGACACACGAAGGUGCCCAAAAAGGAGGAAGUAAAAGAUGCCCCCGAGGUUCCUGAGCCCAAGAAGGAAAAGCGUGAGACGGAACCCAAGCCAGAAGGUGGGGAGCCCAAGGAAACCAGUUACCUGGAUGAUUUAAUUGCACUCUCCUUAGAUCCUGUCGAGAAGAAGAAGGAGAAGCGAGAGGCUCACCACGAGGAGGGUCACAAGGAUGAUGAUAAACCUCAGGUGGAGGACCUUUCGCUGCCCCACGCUGUUCCCACUGAUGCGCACACCGCGCAGCUGCCCAAAAAGCAGGAAAAACGCGAGACUGUCGAAAAGCCUGACAGCGUGAAGGCCCGCGAAUCCCUCCAGCAUAGUCCUCAACACGCUGAUGAGCUGCACAAAGCUAUCGAAUCUCUGGGAGCUAAGGUCCCGGAGCAGCGCCAUCAGCGCGAUAUUCCCGUGCCCACGCAAACCAAAGCCACCACCGAACCUUCCACCACUAAGUCGGAAACCGGAAGCACAACUCCAUCCACCCAUCUGAAUAUUCCCCAUCCCAUCCCUGUGGCCGAACUCUUCGAGAAGAACAAGCACGCGGAUAAGUCAUCUUCCAGUUCCGAGGAAAGCAAGGAGAAAGCCAAGGCCUAAGCUAAAAAAACCAAAAGUUGCUAAUUGGACUAUCACGAGAUUUGUAGUCAUCGAAAAUAAACUAAAAUAAAAAUAUUUACAUGCUUAUAUAAAAAA